CAGAUACGCAGGAACCCCUUUUACAAUACACUGCAAUACGAGGACAAUAAUCUAUCUAUGAGCGCGUAUAAAAGCGAUCCAUUGCGUUCAAUUACUCAUACGGUUCACAGUCUUGUUGCCGACGACUUCUCAAUCAUGUAUAAGCUAGUGAUCUUCGCUCUUUUUGCCUUCGCAUAUCACAGCGAGGCUAAACACUUCAGCAGGUGUGAGUUGGUACAUGAGCUGAGGAGACAAGGCUUUCCUGAGAAUUUGAUGAGGGAUUGGGUGUGCCUCGUGGAGAAUGAGAGCAGCAGAUACACGGACAAAGUAGGUCGCGUGAACAAGAACGGUUCCCGAGACUACGGACUAUUCCAGAUAAACGAUAAGUACUGGUGCAGCAACGGAAGUACUCCCGGCAAAGACUGCAAUGUCAAAUGUAGUGACUUGCUGAUUGACGACAUCACCAAGGCAUCGACUUGCGCCAAGAAGAUAUACAAACGCCACAAGUUCCAAGCGUGGUACGGAUGGCGCAACCACUGCCAGGGCUCCCUGCCUGACAUCAGCUCCUGUUAGAUAUCUCGUCAGUGAAGAUCAGAGACAGUCCUGAAACCCAUCGUAAAUAUUUCCACCUCCUCAGUAUCUUCUAUUCCUUUAAUUUCGCAACAGUUUAAAAUUAAUUCGCGGAUCUACACCACUUGGUCUUCUAAAAUGAUUGCCGCUGUUUGGCCUGGUUUACAGAAGUUGCAGUUGUGAAAGAGGGAUACUUCCACCUUUAAGCAUGUCGUCCUUGGUUACAAGCCUUUGGCGAUAUGGCUCAUUUAAAUUCAAAUCUCGCGCGCACUAAACAUGUAAAACUGUUUUUACACUCAUCUUACCUAGAACCGGCUCUGAUCUUAUUAAUAUAUCAUGUGCUAUAUUUUAGAAGGUGGAUAUACAAACGCCUGUUUAUUCUCGAAACGCUUAUUUAUCGAAUAAAUAUAUUUUUAUACAAA